GCCUCACAGAGGGGAGGAGGGCAAGCUCUGCUUUUAUUUUUCUUUCCAGACGGCCACAGUUGAGCACAAAAACAAACUUGAACCAGAUGGGCUGUGGGGUCAACACUUGCGCUAACGUGCUCGUCUGAAGCGGAGGGACUGAAGACUUACAACUGAAGAGAUUUGAUCUUUUCUCUUUUUCCAUUGUUGAAAAAAAGGGAAGGGCUCUGCCAAGAAAAAAAACCAACCAUUUGGAAAUUAAGUUAUGCGUCAGUGAGUGCGCACUUUACGCACAGGGCGCACCAUGAAACUUUAAGAUGUUGAAUCGCCUUGCCUCUAUUGUUGUUCAUGUGUCAGGCUUUGUUUCCUUUGUUAGUGUCAGUUCCUCAGAACUCACUGUAACCAUGUGUCGUGGCUAAAAACUUCCACGCGCACACAAAACCUGAGAAGGUAAGCCCGAGGCAGCAUGGGGGCCAAACAGAGCAGCCCAGUAUUUGAUGGCAGAACUCGGGCUUAUUCCAGCUCCGAUCUCCCGUCUGGAAACUCCAGCGCAGGGGAAAGGAUUGCGGGGUUUAGGUACACCAAUGGACCAGAUGGCCCCCGGAUCAGGUACACUGGUGGAGGGCCAACCAGCUCCGGGCGCAGUAUACCGGCCGGUGGCAGAUCAGGGUCACAUGUACUCAAUCAGAGCCUCGAUGGCACGGAUGGUGACGACGAAGUACAGCUGCCUCCUGAGGGCCACAGGCUGCUUAUAGGGUCCCUACCGGCUCACCUGUCGCCUCACCUGCUGGGAGGCUUCCACUGCCCUGUUUGCUCCAAGUUUAUGGCAUCGGAUGAAAUAGAGAAGCACUUGCUCAUGUGUUUCAGCAAAACGCGCCUCACCUACAACAGAUUCAAUUUAAUAUGUGCACAUGAAAAGCUACAAACAGUCUUAGUUACUCCUUCGCCUCAGGUAUUGACACUAGGGCCUGAAUAUGCAGAGGACAUCCUGUCCAGAGACUCUGGGGAAUGUGCCAUCUGUUUAGAAGAGCUGGAGCAGGGAGACACCAUUGCCAGGCUGCCCUGCCUCUGUAUCUACCAUAAAGGGUGUAUAGACGAGUGGUUUGAGGUGAAUCGCUCAUGUCCGGAGCAUCCCGCUGAUUAGGAGCUGCACGAGUACAGUUUCAGUCUACUGUACCAGCACCUCAUCCCAACACUGUCUGUUCCAGCCGAGCAUCAGCGCUCCUCAGGGAUUGUAAGACAUUUUUGUAUACAGGAUUUUUCUCAGUAUCAAUGGACUGUGGAAUAAGUUUGUCUAGACGCCGUGGGACGUUCAAAGAACCACUGAUGGAGUUAUUUUGUCUCCAGAAAAAUAUGUGAAUAUUCAUUAUGCCACCUACUGGCCUAAGUGGGUUUAUACAACCUGGGAUCUGAGCUGAACUGUUUUUGCUGAACAGGGUGUGGUUUUAUAGCUGAGGACUUGAAUAACCAACAUAACUGUUCAGAGACUUGAUCAGAGGACUGGAGGCUGAUGUUGUGCAAUGUGAAAAACAGCCAUACAGAAUUAUAUCAGCUUUAAGGGAUGAUUACAGUGUUGAUGCUAGUUAGGAAAUAGAUCUUCGUUCUAUUGUGAAAUUGGCUAUUAUCUGACUUUUUUAAUCGCCUGGCCAUUGAGAACCACAGUAAUGUGAUUGUGUAGUUUAGUAGUGGAAUUAAAGAUAGGCUAAGACAUAUCCAAUGAUUCAUGCUCUCUAAGGAGUGCCAUAAUAUGCUGCUAUGUCAUAGACUGGAAAGUUUUCUUAUAACCUUUGAACCUGUGUUCAUUGUACUUUCUAUUUGUACUGUAAUGAAUUGCACAACAAUAAAUGUUUUGUCUUGUCA